AUGGAUGUGGAAAUAAUUAUACUGGCAUUCAUCUCCCUUUUUUACAAGGCAAAUGGAGCAUUGUACGAGCUCUCUGUGGCCGAUGAGGAAAUAUUUAGAAGCUGUCCCAAUCCUGAGCCUGGCACCCUCGACAUCCAUGGAUUGCUGGAUUUAUCAGAGUUCUCCACUUCCAUGGAUAUCGAUGGACUGACUGUGAGCGGUAACCAGACUUUGGUGUGGGACAUCCAACGGGAGGAUCGUGUACAGCUGGCCAUUAAACUUCUCUAUUGGGAUCGGGGCACGUGGAUAUCGACUGUAUUCUCAACAUAUUUCAGGGAUUUCUGUAGAACCAUGUAUGACAAAAGUCAGAUACUUUAUGAGCCCUGGACGGGACAUAUCGUAAACGAUGUGCAGGAUAAAUGUGUUAAUGUUCCAGGAACGAAACUUAUUUUGAAGACCUAUGUGCUCAAUUUGACCACCUCAAUUGCCGCCCCACUUCGUGAAGGACGCUACAAGGCCAACAUGAUGUUACGAGCGUUUGAUUCUACCGAAACCGAAAGACCCACCCGCAUAUGCACUGAAGUAGUUGGAGAUAUUUUUAAGAUUAGGAACUAAGUUGUAGCUAGAAGAUUUAAUAUACUUUUUGCCAAGCGCCCAACUUGCAAAAGCUAUCAGCA